ACUUCUUUUUCUUCCUCUUUGUUUCCACCUUGCUAAACAGCUGUCCAGCCAAUUGUAAUUUGCACCGUUUUGUACAUAUAGUAUAUACUAUACUAUAGUUUCUUUUCUAAUGGUACUAUUGUUUUCCAUGUUGGCAGCAAGAGGGGAAAAAGAAAGUUGAAUGAAUAGAUAAGUCAAGGAAAAAAAAAAAAAAAGGAAGAUUUGCUUGGUAGCUUAUAAUAUUUCAUAUACAUAUAUAAUUGACUUUGUUUUUUCUGUUCAACUCAAGUCUCUCUCUGACUCUCUCUAUGGUUUUGUAUGAAAAAAUGAAAGGUUUUGCUUUUGAGCGGAUUGGUUAAUAGCACCAAAAGAGCUACAUAUGAGUUAUUUCUUAUGAUUAUUGGCUCUAGCAUCUCAGAAAAAAACUUAAUGUGUCAAAAAAGAUUGAUGGGAAAGAAGAAAGUUGGGAAGAAGACAAAGGAGUUGUCAGUAGCAAUAGCAGAAUCAUCAGCAAUGAGUGGAGAUUCCCAACAACAACAAAUUACUCCUAGGAAAAGAGGAAGACCAAGAAAAAUUAUUGUAAAAGAUGAAGAAGAAGUUUCUGCAGAAUUAAAGAAACUCAAAACAAGUGAAGUUGAAGAAGAAUCAGAAAAUAAACAAGGAGAAAAGAAGAAAGAAAAACAAGAAGAAUUUGAAGAGGAAAAAAAUUUACAGCCACAAAAGGAGCAACCUACAAGGAGUAGAGCUAGAAGAAAAAGCAAACCAAGAAAGAGCUGCUAAAUUAAUUUGAAGAAUCUCCUUUUUAUUGUAGGUAAUUUCUGAAACUAAGUAUGAAAGAUGAACAAGUUAAUUUCAUCUACUACUGGUUUUUAUUCCUUUCCUAGUUUCCUAGCGCUGUUAGUUUUUUUUUUUUUUUUCCUGUUUUGUUUUGGGCUUAGUAUGUCCAUUUUAAUUGUGAGAAACAUUUAGUUAGGAAGGAAUUGGUUAGCUUCACACACUGGAUUUAAUUGUGGUAUGACCUGUAAUGACUCUUGUGUAAGCGUGAACUCAAUUCAACUAAGUUGGAUCAA